ACCCAAACGUGAGUUAAAAAGACAAUUUUACCCACUUCAACUGCUUUAUGGCGGUUCGUUUUCCACCAUUUUUCAGUUUCAAAAAAAAAAAAAUAUAACGCGCUCUCUCUCUCGCUCUCGAUCUCUCUCUCGCACUCGCACUCGCUCUCGCUCUCGCUCUCUCUCUCACUCUCGAUUCGCAGUUUCUCCACCAACUCUGCUAUCUAGACCAACUCCGGCGGCGAUUCAACUUUCUCCGGCGUCGAUUCAACUUUCUGCAGAGUCGAUUCAACUUUCUCCGGCUUCGGUAUUAUAGAAAAAUGCCAAGAACCAAACGACCACAAUUCAGCUGCAUCUUUGAAGAAAAUAUGGACGAAACACAAAGAUCAGAAGAACAAACACUUCGGCAAAGGAUGGAAGUGAUAAAGUCUAGGAAGUCAUCACGAAGAAAAGAAGAAACUUCUAGUAAUGACGAAGAAGUAGAAGAAGAAGGAGAAGAAACAGAGGAGGAAGAAGAAGUACAAGAAGAAGGAGAAGAAACAGAGGAACAAGAAGAAGGAGAAGAAGAAGAAGAAGAAGAAGAAGAAGAGAAGGAGGAAGAGGAGGAGGAGGAUGAUGACCGAGAAACAACACAAAGGUUUUAUGUGCAGACAAGGAGUCGAAGGAGCAAAAAGAAACAAGAGUAUGAUGAAGACGAGGCCGAACAGCCAACGAAAAAGAAGAUCAAACGGGAAAAGUCAAACAGGAAAGAGGAAAAGACCAAGAAAGGGGAAAGGAGGAACACAAAGACAACAGAAAAGGCUAAGAUCCAGUGGAAGCAACAGAAAUGCACUCUAAGUGCUUUCUGGAGAUUGAUUGACACAUAUAGAGAGAAAAUACCUAAAGGGGCUUGGGAUAUUUUGAGUACUACUGUAUUUUGGGGGAUGAUCAGACCAUUCUAUGAGAAGAAGCUUACAGAAACUCAGCUCCACAAACAUGAGGCCGACUUGGAGAUUAUACUGAAGUACUUUGAUGUUAAAAAAGCCAAGUUUGUGUUUGGGGAGACAGAAAUGGAAAUAACAUUGCAGGACAUAAAUGAAUUGUUUGACCUGCCAACAACCGGUAUUGAAUGGGACCUGAGCAAGAAGGUGCUCAAGGAGGAACGGAAGGCAUCUUCGAUAUUUGACGUCAACAUGAGGAAAGAAACAGUAAUAAAACCUGAUCUGGAAAACACACUCAGCAAGGAGCUCGGCAAGAAGAAGAACGCUGAUCCUAAGAUAAUUGCAGCACUGCUUAUCAUGUACCUCUUCAAUGCAUUCUUCUUCAGCAGGACAUCGACAACCUUGACAUGGGACCUCAUCAACGCUUGUGAAGACAUAGAUAACAUAAACAGUUUCAAUUGGGCCAAGAUGAUACUAGAUUUUCUGCUGGAUGGCCUUCAGAGGUACCGAAAAGAUCAUCCAACGACUCUUUCUGGCUGCCUCAUUCUCAUAUAUUACUGGUUCUUGGAGAAGACCAAGAUCAGAAACUGGAUUCCAGGAAUGGAGGAUGAGAAACCGAGAUUUGUGAGGUGGUCGAUAAAGGAGCUGUUCAACCUGCAGAAGCUCCAUCAGAAUCCAGACUGGCCAGAGGAGUUGAUAAAAGAAGGGCCUUGGUUAGAACAUUACUACAUCAACUUGUCAGAUACGGAGGAGGAGCAAGAAACACCAAGUUUCAACAACUGGGUUCCCCAAGCGAGCCAAGACAAGGAAGAGGAGACCAUAAGGCUUACUGGUAACAUGAAAGUUCUGCUAAAAGAAAUGGAUAGAGUGAUUGAAGACAAUGGUGAAAAACAGGAAAUGGAGAAGCAAAUGAAGAAACUAUUGGAAGCAAAUGAGGGACUUGCAAACCAUAUUAGGGAGCUUUGGAAAAAGGUUACUGUUGCUGAUGAGAAAAUUGAGAGUAUGGAGAAAAAAAUGACUGAGGUGAUGCAGGAAAACAGAUCACACCAGAACCACAUAAAAGCUCUGAAGAAAUGUUUGGCGAAAGCAACCAGCAGGGACCCUGACCUGAAAAGCAGUGAGCAACAAAAUAAUCAACAAGAGAUCGUGCAGGUGUUGACCGAGAAAGAUCACAGGACUGAAUCUACGGGGAACUUUGCAGAAUAUGACACUCAAACACCAGUCAACGAAGAACCAAGGGCAGCAGAUCCAAUUGAUGCAUCUCCAAUAUCUUACAAGAGUCCAGAACGGGAAGUGUUUGAGGAUACACAUUUGGACACACUAAAUGAGAUGGAAUCAGAAAAAAUAGAUCAACUUGUGUCGAAAAUACUGGAAGCAGCUGAGACGGUUGAAAUGCCUGAGGCAGGAACAGAAAUGGCAGUACCAUCGGUCCCCACGGAGAAGAAAACGGUUGACAUGCAUUCAAUCGAGAGGAAUGUGAAAGUAAAAAAGAGAAAGGCAGCUGUGAAGAACAAGAACGAUGACUUUGAGUAUGACACACCGGAGAUCCUGAAGACUUAUGAAAAGAGAAGAAAGACUGCUGCACAGGAACAGCCAAAGGAGAAAAAGAAAGCACAACCGAAGCCGCCAACAAAAAUUCAGAAAGGAAAAGAAGUGCAGCACCAAAUACAAAUAAAAGAGGUGAAUUGUGAGAAGUACACAUGGAAAACAUUAAAGCCUGAACUAGCAAGACACUACCAGCAAUUCUUUGAGAUGGUGGAUGACAAUACAUAUGUCUACUGGAGAAGUGAAAAUGGAAUACUAGGGGUAACCAGGGGAGACAUGAAGAUUAUCGUAGAAGAGAAAGAUCUGGAUGUUAAUGUGGUCAAGGCUUACACUGAAAUGUUGCAGAAGGAAAUGAAAGAAACGAACACUCAGAUUGGAUUACUAAACAUCGAAGCAGCGUUUUACGCAGUUCAACACGAAAAGAAACUAGCGGAUUUCAAAAAAGAAGGCAAGAACAUUCUCAAAGACGACUUCAAAGGCCACGAUAUUGAAAUAGAGUUAUUCCUGAUUGAAGAACUGUGGAGUAAGUUCAGCUACCCCAAGGUGAUUAUCCCAAUACACCAUUACUACAGCCAGCACUACACACUGCUUGUCAUCGACAAUGAGAAAAAGCAGUUUGUUCACAUGAACUCUAUGCUGCCACCAAAGAAGGAAUGGACAAAAGAUAACCAAUAUUACAACAACGCAAACUGGGUGGUUAAGCACAUAAGGAGGUUCAUACACGACGUGAAGGUGACAGGGACAAUAUUUCCAGAUGACAGCCAGGAUCAAGAGAACACGAGAGAGAAGUGCAAAGGUGAGGACAGUAAAGGAGAACUUGUCACUGAGGUUGAAGAAAUGACACCAAGAGAGAAAGAGGUCAGAAGGUGGAUCUUGGAUAAUCAAAUCGGGGAAAAUGACUAUGAGCUUGUAGAAGACUUGAACUGCCCUCAGCAGAAAUCCUGUUCGGAUGACUGUGGGCCGUUUAUGAUCCAUUUCAUGGAAAGCAUAGUUCACGGAGUACAACCCAGCAAGAAGAAAGGCAAUGACAUGAGGAAAACAAUUCUUGAGAGGUUUGCAAAGGAGGAAAGUGCUUGGAGUGUCGAAAAAUACCUUGCUGAAACUGCAGAUGCUGUAGGAGAGCCAAAAAAGUAG